GCGACACCGCCACCACAACCCCAUCCAAACCUCUGCCUGAAUGGACGAGACUCGCACCUCAGCUCCAUCAGUCGAGCCUUUUAAACCUUAAGACGAUUUUAGGAGGGAGGGUUCCAUUAAACUUCACACGAGGAAGAAGAGGUUUAACAGAUGGAGGAGUCGAUGUCUUCAGCGGACCAGAAUUCAUCGAGUACUCCUAGAAGAGCUUUAGCCAUGACCAGUAUGUCAGACGAAGAUUAUUGCAACACCUACUGGCCGCAGUUGAGAGAAGCUGUCGAUCGUUUAUUGCAAGGGCCCCCCUCCCCCCCACACACGGGACCUGUCAUACAGUUUGAGCCAAUGUAUUCUGCAGCCUAUAAGUGCGUGUGCCAACAGUAUUCGGAGGCACUGUAUAAUGACCUCACUUCGCAUAUAAACAAGCAUUUUCUCAAGGUUGCGGAGGAUAUGCAGGAUGUGGGUGAUCUUCACCUUAUUGACAGUUAUUAUUCUCUCAUUCAUCGGGUCAUGUAUAGUUUAGAUGGUAUCAUUCCAAUAUUUACAUAUCUGAAUAGGGUGUAUGUAGAAACUAAAUUAUCAUCAACACUACGGACAGAACUUCAAAAGAUAUUUUGUACGGCCGUUAUUGACCCCGUUAUAGCUAGGUUAUUGGCAUUGAUAAAACAUAUAACGGAAGCUAAACCAUUCUAUGUGGCUCCUCAUGUUUUAGCAUCUCUUGUCAAGAAUCUUUACAAGUUAAGACCAGCGUAUGCGCAGACGUAUCCACAGGUAUUUUCAGUUUAUAUCCCAGGUGUUCUGCCUGCGAUGUCCGAGCAUGAACUCUCAGACUACAUCACGGAGACGCAGAAACUCCAGGCCACUUUAAGACAGUCUUGGAUCAAUACUAGUUCUCAGGGAAGGAAGAGAUGUUUGGAUGAGGAGAUGCUGACAUAGCAUGCCUUCUCCUCUUCUAGCUAUCUCUCUAUCUCUCUCUCAAUUAUUCCUAAUAUCGCAAGUGCAAUUCUAAUGUAUAUUCUUAGAUUUAUACUCCAUAUUGAUGUUUAAGAAAAGAAACAUUUAUAUAACGGUACAUAUAUAUAUAUGUAUAUAAAUGCAGAGUGUUUAAAUAUUUCCCACUUGAUGCUAAUUUAAUGGUUUUGUCAUGGUAUUAGCAUUUACUGAAAUGUCUAGUGUGCUAAUUGUUAUAAUUGAAAUGUAGAGAAAUGAA